CAAUCAUAAUUUUGUCUCUUGAAUUGUACGAACCACUUUCAUUGGAAUACAUUUGAUUUGGUUGUGUGAACUCUAAUUCAAAUAAUACGUUUCAUUAUUGAGUGCAGCAUAUCUUAUUCAGAAUUACUAAGUAUUUUUGUAUUCUAUAUUGUACUAAAAUGAGAUUACACAGCUUGCUUUCUCCUCUCGUCUCUUCGGUAGAUUCCAGCCCAACAAAAGAAAUGACAGCCUCAACGCUAAGUCCAUCUGAAACUCCAGACAAAGUCAGUGACAUGGACGAUCACAAAUCUGUAGAUGAUAAAGAUGAAAGUAAAGUGGACAGUGACAAAAAAGAUGCAAAUGGAGACUGUAAUGAUGAUGGUACGAAAAGGAAAAAGAGAAGAAACAGGACAACGUUUACAAGUUUUCAAUUGGAAGAAAUGGAGAGAGUUUUCCAAAAGACGCACUACCCGGACGUUUACUGCAGAGAACAAUUGGCUCUACGAUGUGAUUUGACAGAGGCCCGAGUGCAGGUUUGGUUCCAAAAUCGACGAGCAAAAUGGAGGAAGAAGGAAAGAUUUGGACAACUGCAAAACAUGAGAGCUAUGGCACCGGGUACAGGAUAUGAGAUGCCCAUCGCACCCAGACCUGAUGCAUAUGCACAGGUUGGGCUACAAAUGCAGAACUCACCGUGGGUUGGCAAUAUGGCAGGAUUGGGUGGCAUGAACCAAUCACAUCAGAUGCAAGCCCCUCAUCCGAGUUCCUGUAUGGCACCACAGAGCACCCUUCCUAACUUUAUGGGAGUACCAAACCACAAUCAUGCCCAAGCUAUGAACGUAAUGUCAUCCGUUUCCAGUCCAACUCCAGCAACCUUCAUGAACAUGACCAGUACUUUCAAUGCUUUUAAGACAUCGCCUUGGAUAUCAUAACGACAUGGCGUCCCAAGACAUCAGGGUAGACUAGCGUUGUGUAGUCACGUGGUACCAAGAUACUCAGGAGAAAUGGUAGACAACAUUCAUGACCACUGCCUAGAGCUUGUCUGUUUGUGUUGAAGAAGUUCGGAUGUUGAUUUUUCUUUGUCAUUUUGCACUGAAGACAAGCUCUUGAGCAACAGUCAAAGUGAGACUUCCUUAAAGUGCAACACGUUGACCAAUUCAAUUAAAAUGUUGAGACCUGAUAAUAUCGGGUUAAAUCAUAAGUUCAUAAAAUCAUGGAGAAUAUAAAAACAACAUGAUAUAGCCUAAUUGUACUGUAAUAAUUUCGUAAUAUAUUUUUAAUGUUGGAGUAUAAACAGUAUAGGCUAUUAUUAUAUAGAUAUAAGUGAUAUCGGUGAGACACAGACCAGAAGAUGCAAACGAUUUGACAAGAUCUGUCAACGCAAUUGUGUUUCCAAUAAGGAACCGUUUUUACUAUAUGACAUUUACAAAUAUGACAUGUAUUUUCUUGAUCAGAUAAUGUGUUUGUACAACUUCUUUACUCCACAUACUUACUAUUCUAUUUGUCUCAUUGGGAAUCUGAGUUUAACCCGAAUGGUCAACUCGUGUCAUUACAAUAAUGUUGGUGGUUCUCCGUCAUUAAAUGUCAAGUUGGUAAUAAAGAGAUGAAGAGCUAGUGUGAAAUAGUGAGAGUGAAUAAGUGUUGGUGAAUUAUGUCUAUAAUAAUGUACUAUAUCCGUUGUAUAUAUUACAUUUGAUGACUUCUGUUUUAAAUGCAUCAUUAGAUUCAUCUUGAGUACGGACAUAUAUCCCUCUCUAUCAGUACUCCCACUCUAGUUAGUACUCGAAUUAUAUUUCUAGUUUAUAUUUAUUGUUUAUCAUAAUUAUAUGUAUGUUUGCUGCAGUUAGCGAAAUGUUUAUCUUGUUGAUAUGUGUCUGUACAAAAUGUUUUCCUAUAACAUUAUGCACAACAAAAAUUAAAAGUCACAAUUUCCGUGUUAUCUUAAACAAAAGUAGGCCUCUUGCUAUUAGAUUGGUAAAUCACUAGUCUGGGUGCCAUUGAGGUCGUGCCAUUCUGGUGAAUUAUUUCGAAAAUCUGGCAAAUAAUUUCUCAGCUUUUAAAAAUGUCUCAGACACCGUAACAUUUAUUGAAAGAGCAGAAAUGAUUUUUUUUUCUUUAAAUAGCCUAUGGCGUUGUGGGAAUACUCGAAUGCCAGAAAAUCACCUGUUUGUCCCGGUCCUUAGUAGCUACUGACAUGUUGGUUAACAUCUAUAAAUAAAUAUUAGUCAGAUAACGUAAACUGACAAAUUUAACUAGGAAUACAUAUCAAAUUUGUUUUUAUAAUUAUUGUAUUACUGAACAUUGAUUGGUUGGCAAAUAGUGCCAUGUACUGAAUUAUAUUACAGGUAAAAUAGGCUCAAUUUAAUCAUUCAAUCAAUCAAUUAACGUUCCGGUUGAAAACGUUAAAACCAAUAGGGCCAUGUAAGAAAAUAUACAUUUAAUAAAGAUUGAUUCGAUUGAUAUAAUAAUAUUCCACAUUUGACAUUCAUAGUCAGUUUCUAACUAUGCUAUAUAAUAUAUUUUGACAUAAUGAUAUAAAUAUUAUAUCAUAUCAUCUUAUAUUAUAUCAUAUUAUGAUAUAAUGUGUGUUUAAUCGAAUUACUAUCAUAGGCCUCCACAUUUCUUUAGAUUACGUCACGGUUAUAUCAAAAGCUUUUGAGAGUAAAACUCAUAAAACGAGACCUGCCACUGACGAAUACAAAAAAUAAACCCGAUAUAUUAUCAUAACAUCGUCAUAUUUAUAAAAGUUAUUAUACAAGGGAGAAUCAAUAUUACAUUGAAUGUGAAUGGUAUACUUAGAACGUGACUUAUUAUACAAUAUAUAACUCGAUAUUCUGACAGAAAGUUCAAAAUAAUAUAUAUUUUUGAUAUUGUUAUAAAUGUUGAGAUUGUUUAAAUUCUACUUGGUGGAUUUAUUUUCAAAAGCAAUGAUACGAUCUAUUUGUAUUACUAGGGAAAAUCAAAACAGAUACCACACUAGAAACGAUGGUUGAAGUUACAUUGUUAGAAAUUAUAAAAGAAACAUUGUGAGAUGUAUUGUGUCGUAAAUAAACGUUUAUAACACAAUAAGAGAUUUAUAGAUAUUUUCAAAUUGAUGUUUGAUUUUCUAUCAACUUUCUGUGAUUUUUGGUUUCAUAGUUUAGUGCAUCUAUAAUUCAUUUUUUCUGCGUGACAAUAUUGUGGAGAGAACAGUUCAUGGGAUAGAGUAUACAGUGAGAAAUGGAGUUUCAUAUAUUUGUACACUGCACAGGGAUGAUUUUGUAAAUAAAUUAGUUCAAAUUAAAAACGAAUUAUGUGUGGUGAA